UGAUACAGACCGCUUAGUUUCGUCGCAGUCUUUCCCAUGACAAUGUUGCCUAAAAUCAUUGUAUUGUUUUGUACUUUUUUACCGGGAAAGAUCUCGGAAUCCUCGGUGAACCCACUGCGUUACAAUCUGACGAUCCUUACGCGUCUGGACAGCGGAGGUGCUCGAAAUCAGUUUGAAGGCAUCGCAUCCAUCGAUAUUGAAGCGACGAAAUCAACUCGCUUCAUCAAUUUAAAUUCCCGCGACUUGAAUGUUUUCAGAAAGAAAACAUGGCUUUUGCGCUGGGCCAGCGGCAGAAAAAUUAGAGCACUCGAGCUAAAGAAAAAUGUUAAGGAGCCCAGCGUGAUUAAUCUAGUAUUGGAACUGCCACUCAAAUUUGGCGAGACAUACACACUCAACAUGUUCUUCUCGGGCGAUCUGGAUCGACAACAGGAAUAUGGCUACUUUGCGGGCCACUACAAUGAGACACCGAAAGUGUUCUACUCCAUGACUCACUUGGAGCCGGACUAUGCGCACACCGCGUUUCCCUGCUUCAAUGACCCACACUUCCGGACACCUUACCACAUAACCAUGGUGCACGACAGGAAAUACGUUGCACUCAGCAAUAUGCCCCCCAUAAAGGAGACACCAUACGACGAAAUCCAAAACUAUGUGUCGACAACAUUUAUGGGAUCACCACCGCUAGCCGCUCACCAGGUCAUGUGGACUCUGCACAGUCUACAGAAUGUCUAUAGUGGUCCCACGGCUGCGGGUGAGAAUAUCACCAUCUGGUCACGGCCGCACCUGGCGGAGAGUCUGGCGAAGGUGGCGGAAAUGACGCCCAAUUUGUUUAGUAAAUACGAAACCCUGUUCGCACAUCCAUUGCCAAAAGGACCGGACUGGGGUGGGAAACUCGAUCAUGUGGUGGUGCCUAGAUAUACGGAAAUGUAUAGUGGCCACGGUAUGAUGGUGUACGGCGAGGAUAAGGUGGACUCAGGCCAAAACCUGCAGGAAACGCUGGCGGAGCUGGUGGCACGCCAAUGGAAUGGAGUUCUUGUGAGCCCCUCUGACAUGGAUGAAAUGUAUGUGCGGGACGGCAUUAACUACUAUCUGAGCUUCCAUGUGAUGAGCAUGGAGAAGGAGGCCUAUAACAUGAGGCAGCUUCUUAGAACGCGUCUAGAUGUUCUGAAUUCGGAUUCCUUGGGCAAGGAAAAGUCCAUAGAUACCGAUGAAAGGGAAGCUGGACAUCAAAAAUUCCGCAAAAACAAAAUGUGCCUGCUCACACACAUGAUAAAGUUGGCCAUCGGUGAUAAGUUGUUCGUCAAGGGACUGCAAGAGUUCAUUCGGCGAUACGCCAACUCCUCCGCUUUAAGCAUGGAGCUGUGGGAGGAGUUCCAGCGAGAGGCUCGCCGAAAUCACCAGCUGCCUAUCGGUGUGAGUUUACCCACUGUCAUGGAGACAUGGCUAAAGCAACCAGGUUUUCCGCUGCUCACCGUCCAGCGGGAUGAUGCGAGGCAGAAGGUGACCAUUAGGCAGAGUCGCUAUAAUCAGAUUAAAUUGAACUUCAGUUCCAAAGACUGCUGGUGGGUUCCGGUCGUGUACAUCGUCAAGAAUCUUCCGCUUUCCCAGGUGGAGUGGCUUGGCUGCCAGAGAAAGAAAGCCGAUAUAUUGGAACUCGAACACAUCGUUAGUCCGGAAGAUUGGCUGUUAUUAAACGUCGAUGCUGCAGCUCCACUUCGUGUCCUCUACGAUUCAUACAACUUGCAGCUGAUCAGUAAAGCUCUGCUUGAGGAUUUCACCCAGAUUCCUGAGCUUAGUCGCGUCCAGUUGGUCGAUGACGCCCUCAGUUUCGCCUGGUCGGGUUUGUUACCUUAUGAAGCCACCUUAAACCUGAUCUCAUAUCUUUCGAAGGAGACCAGUGCUGUGGUUUGGGAAACAGCUCUUUUCCAUUUGGAGAACGUACAGAGCAUCAUGAGAUUGACUACGGGCUUUCGCAUCUUUAAGCUUUUCAUGAAAAAACUUAUUGAGCCAGCUUUCAAAGCAACAUUGAAGUCCCUCCCAACCCAAACUCCCAAGGCCAGAACAAGUUCGGAAACAGCGACCUUCACAGUAUCCCCGGAAACACUGACCUCCGAAAUAUCCUGGGAAACACCGACCCCCGAAAUAUCCCCGGAAACACCAUCCACAAUAUCUCCGGACACCACGAAAAGCGAAACUAAAACGGAUUUGUCAUUGUCGGCGCUUUUAUACCUUCCGGCGUGUCAGUUCGAAAUCAAGGAAUGCCUAACGGACGCACAAGAGCGAUUUCAGUCGGCGAUGGAGCAGAAGUCCAGCUCCUCCAUUCCGGAGGAGAUUCGGGGAACGGUGCUCUGCAGGGGCAUUCGCAACGGCUUGGAGGAACAUUGGAUAAUGGUGCGGGACAUGUACUUCGAGGCCGAGAAUGAGAAAGAGAAGCGCAUCCUGCUGAACUCCCUCAGCUGCACCACGGAGUAUUGGGCAAUGCAGAAGCUGCUCAGCUGGGCCCUAGAUCCAGAAAAGGUUCCAAGCACGCUGACAGCCGACCUCCUGAGCGCCGUAUUGCGAUCCUCGUUGGGCUACUUUGUGGGCAAACAGUUUCUCAUCGACAACACCGAGGAAAUCCUGCUCCGCAAGGAUCUUAAAUCGAUUCUGAGUCCAUUUAUCAAUGCGAUGACUACCAAAGCUGAAUUUUUGGAAAUGAAAACGUAUUUGCACAAGAACCUUCCAACCUCAAUGAGUUCUGGCAUAGAAUCCAUGCUGGAGCCUGCGUUAGACAGAGUAAUUUGGCGAAGUACGUUGUACUUCGAUCUGCUUAAAGCCAUUCGAGAUCUUACUCUGGAGGAUGGUCAAAAAAACAGCGCUGGUGCCGCACAAUAAAUAUACAAGGCUGAUAAAUCUUGAAUUGUCAAAA